AUUGAUUAAAACACUCAAUAUUAUGAACCAAAUUGAAUAUUUUAGAUCAUUUGUAUCUGUUCUCGUUUUCCGAGAUUGAAUUCGUUUGCUGGGCUAAACUGAUCGUUUUCGAAAUGUGGAAAUUUUUUUGCUUAGUCCUAUUUUCAAUUGCACUUGCAAGUGCUGCUGACAGCAACCUUGAGUCAACAUCUGGAAAUGUAAGUCCCUCAGGAUUAUCGGAGUCAAGAGUCCGUAUAUUACUGGAAAUGACAAAGGAGGUACUCAAAUUGAAAUCCUACGCCUUGAAAGCCGCCUUCCAAGAAGCAUCUAACAUUAACCAAUACAGAAAAGGAAUCAAAUCCAUCGUCAAUGUUUCUGUACAGAAUAUAAACGAGCAACUGGAUGAUUUGGAAGCUAUUGUGAAGAAUGCCACAAAAGAGGCGAAAAAUCACAAAAAAAGUAUUUCUAGUUGCGUCCGAAAGGAAAAAUGGAGCAAAUGGUUGAAAAUACGAUCCGGACGUAUACUCCAAUGUAAAAAAACAUUUUCCUUCGAAGUUCUGAAAUUGAAACUUGCGAAAUUGGCAUACGUGAAAGUAAAGGCCGCCUCUGUGAUACCCACAUGUCUGCUUCUCCAUCCGAUCAGUAACAAAAACUUGAAAAAUUGCAUCCAAAACCAAAUCGAUCAGACGUAUUCCACGGCCAACCAGAUCAAAUCUGAGAUAGAUGAUAAUGCCGCCAAUAUCUACGAUGAGGCGAACAAUUGUAUCGAAGAUAACCUGGGCAAUCUGGAUUUGGAUAUAGAGCAGAUUUCAGACGAUUUCGCCGAAUGCGUUAAAAAUAAAUUGAAGGGAAACUAAUCGAUAUCUGAUUGAUUUUUUUGAGAGUUCCGACUGGGUACUUGAACUUGUACGUUCAUUAAUUUCAUGAAAUGUCAUAUAAUAUUAUAAGUUGGAAUAAAAACAAGUCCAAAAUCAGGA